CCUCAGUGAAACAUCGCAUUUAUCAGGCAGACUGGGUUUUUAAAACUGUGAAAAGAAUCUGAAAAGGACCGCUUGGAGGCAGAGAAGUAACAACCAGUCUUCUGCCUGCAACACUGAGAAGUUCAGCUUGGGCAAAGAGGUGAGUCUGGAACUGUUUCUCUGAACUACAGGUGAAGGGCUUCCAUUUUAGGAUCUCCUCAGCUGUGGAUAUUAUAAACACUGAGGACAUCUGUCAAUCGGAGCAUCAGUGACUCUGGCUGUAAAAUGCUCAGAGAAACAGCUACUUGGUGAGCUUCUAGAAGUACGUGGAGGAACGCCUGUGCCGCCUGUUUUUGCCGUGCCGGUCACUGACACGGAACAGCUGCACACUGAAAAGGAGAAGAAUUGGUUGUAGCUCAAACACAACAGCCCGGCAGCGUCUGGCCAGGAAACCGCACGGCCCUGCGGCGCUGCUGCCUGCUCAGCGGGCGUGGCCGCGUCCCAAGGCGACACGCACAGCUCUACCGGGACAAUAAAACCAACUCGUUCCACGUCUUAAGUCGACAGAACUUUCUAUAUACAGUUUUAGCAGACUCAGUUCAUUCCACGUCUUCCCCGGCGAUCCCGUAGCGCCCGCAAUGCCCCCGCGCCGGUCGGAAGCCCAACCGAGGCGGCUUCGGGCAAACCGCCGCUCCCUCGGCCGUCCCCUCGGCAGCUCCCCGCCGCCCCGCCCCGUUGCGAAGGAAGCGGCGUCUCCCGUUGCUACGAUGGCGGCGGUGCGGCCACAGGAGCGCCCCGUGCCCCGUACGGCAGUGCCGGGGCGCUGCACGGAGCCCGGCGGGACGGGCGGCGAGGCGCUGUGGCGGCGGCACCUCCAGCGCCCGGAGGGACGGGGCGCGGGCGCGGAUCUCUGCGCGGACAGAGCUUUAACACUUCCAUUAGGAUGGAAUUUAGAAGAAGAACGCUGGGCACUGAGAGAAGAUCAGAAGCUGUGUCGGAGCAGGGCACGGAAGUAUUUGAUAGAGACAAACAGAAGAAGGAGAGCCUUUGAAGAAAGACAGAAGCAAAGAGAAGAAAAAGAACAAAGAUUUAGAGAACAAGUCUUGCAACAAAGGAAAAUUAAAUUUCGGGAAACAACUGAGAAGUUCCAGCGUGCUCAUCUCCCUGCUUCUCAAUACAAGCAGAUAGUCCAGAAAAAAGCAGCUUUUCAGUUAGAAGAAGCUCUUGAACAAAUUAAAGGAUCAGUUUUAGCAUCAGGAUUGUGCUUGCCAAGCAGAAACAAAACUACCUUCAGAACCACAGAUGACACUUCAUACUCAUCAGCAUCAAGGAAUGGUUAUUCGCAUCAGGAGCAGAUUUCAGCAAUGGUUGGCUUGGAUAAAACAGUGCGGGAGAGCAGCAGAACAAGCGUGGAUAGUAACCAACUUCUAUUCCAGAAAAAUCUGAAAGAAAUGCAGCAGCUGCUUGAAAAACAGCAUCUCAGCAACUUGGAGAAUUUUCAUAAAGAAGUCAAAAGGACAGAUGAUUCAGAAAGCUUAUCAAGUCUUGACAGUCUUGAGGCUGGAGAACAAAAUGGAAAUUACACUCCAUCAAGUGAAUCAUCUUUGACUACAACUUGUGACUGUGCCCCAUAUAUUCCAGGAAAGUCACAGAUUAGGAGUAAUGAUAUGUUUUAUGCAGCUGAAAAUACUUCUAAAAACAUGCAUCUAAAUAAUUGUCAGAGAAAUUUAGAUUCCCAAAACAACCACAAUGACUUACCUACUGAGGACCUUUUAGCUAAACGUAAUGUUCUAACUCUUGCUGAACAUACAAACAAUACAGAAGAGGAAUCAUCUGUUUCUCACAGAUCUGGAAUAAAAGUUGCAGAGUUCUCAACUUCUGGCAAUCAAGAAAGCUCUGUAAAUAAAGCAUUUCCUCUUCUGCAAAAUAUAAAAGAAGAAAGGAACAAUUCAUCUUCUGGAGUGGCUAGCACAUUAGCAACUGGUCAUUCUGUUUUCAGUCCUAUCAAAGCCUGGGCCAGCCCUGAUUCUAUUCCGGGAGAAAGAGUUCAGGAUCUGACACAAAAUCAGAGCUUUAAAAUGACCCCACAAAAAAGAAGUAAAUCUGUGCAAACCUCCACUGAACCUAUUGCAACAUCUAGAAUCUUAUUUCCUAAUCAGAGGUGUUUCUCUGGCAUUUCCAGCCCAGCUGAUGUGUUGCCAAAGGACCGAAACGUCAGCACAGAUUUUUUAAAAAAUACUUUAGGAAAAGUGAGUGAAACAAAAGAAGAAAAUAUUAAAUCUAUUGAUGACAUUGACCAAGGAUCGUCUUUAUUUCAGGACAUACCAAAUGCCUCAGCUUUGUGCAAUGUUAAGAAACAGAAUAACAAAGAGGAAGAAAAGGCUAAUGCGGUUGAAACUAUGUCAUUCGUGUCUGACACAGAGCUGGGUUUUGGCACUCCUGCACAGCACAACUCCCAGAAAAACAUUUAUGACAGAAAAAGAGCAAAACUAGUCAGAGGUAUCUUAAAGAAAGAGGCUAAAGCUGUGGUUAUGAACCACGGGAUCUUUUUUGGAACUCGACCUGUGUCUUCUAUAAGAGAUAGUUUAGAACUUGCAAAAAGUCAAAAGAAAAGUGCAGAAAAUACAAAAAACAGUAGAAAGCUAAAAUGGUGUGAUCAAAUUAACCAGAUAAUAGCAGAAAAUGAUGAAAGUUGGUAUGAAGAAAGCACCAAUGAGAUAUCUUCUGCACAGCUUUACUGUGUUCAAACUGUGAGUAAUGCUCCUUGUGCUAAUUCAUGUAUGGGCGCUCACCCUUCAAACACAAUGUUCACAGAAAAUCACCAUGAAAAUUCUCAUAUAUCAAGACCAAAUGCUAAUUCUGCAAAAUCAAAUAAAGAAUGCACCCCUCUGAAUAUGUUUAUGUCUCCUGGAUCCUCUUUUCCUAAAAAAGUUUGGAUGAUAUCAAAACAUGAAGAAAGCAAAUCCCCAGAAUCUAGUAACAAUGAUAAAAUUCAUGAAGGGAAUCAACACAAAAAUAAGGCAAAAAUAACCAGAAGACCAAGACCCAUAAGAGACCAGUUAUUUUCCGUGCCCAGGAGCAGCAGAGGCACUGGCACUGUGCUCCGACUGCAGUCAGCCACUGAAAGCCGAGCAGCUCAGGGGAGGAUGUUGGCACCUCAGCCACCAUCUGCACCUGCACUGGGGAGCAAACGUGGCAAAACCAGAGCCAGCCCAGCUGCGAGGCAGCCUCUGCCUUCUUCCCAUCCUCAAGAUACCACUACCCAUGGGAACUCUUUAAAUGAAAGGCAAGCUUUGUUGGCAGAUCAGAUUUUAAAUAAAAGUACACAAGGAAGCAGUGAGAGCAUAACCUGUAGCUCUGAGGUGGCCACUGUGCUGUUCACACCUCGCUGCAGAACAUCCUGUGAACUUCUGGCAAAGCAUACUGGUUCUGUAAGCAGUGGGCCAACAACUGGCUGCCAGCAGUGUUCUGUAACCUGCACUGAACAACGUGCUAAUACAGAAAACAGAUUACAUCUUGAUCACAUCCCAACAGCUGAAGAAAAAGCUGUAUGGAAGGGAGCGCGUAUUGCCCUCACUCCCAAGGACCCUGCUGCUGGUGUUAUUCAACAUCAUAUGUCACAUUACAAUAAUUCACAUAAAACUGAAUGCCAACCUUGUAAAGCUCCUGUAUCCCGUAUUCCCGCUGGGGAUAGCAGCCAGAAGACUUGUUUCAAAGCUUCUUCUAGGAUGAACAAAUUGGGCUUUUUCCAUGCAAACAGUAGUGUUCCUGUUACAAAACAAAGGCAGAUUUUUAACAACAGUGAAAAUAAACACAGAGCUUUUACAGAACAGAGAAGGCAAACUGUAGCUUCUAAAAGAUGGAAGCCUACUUAUCAUGUACAGAAUUCGUUACAUAACGUCCAGCUGCGUCCUGUUCAAUCUGCAUUUGAUCCAGCACAAAAUACGAAUAACACGUAUAGGCCUGAUGAAGUUUCAGAAAGCACUGCUCAGUUUCUUGUGGCAGAAAAACUAAUAAGUACAGCAGCUGCAGAAGAUGAAAUCCUGGCAGCUAUGGGAAGUGUGCAACCAGCCAGACAACCCCUACUGCUUAACACAGCUCCACAUCUAGGCAUGAGUGCGCUUUCAAUAGAAGAAGAGAAGAUUUUCCAGUCUCUUGAUCAUCUCAAUCAAAGGCUACAAAAUGUUCAAGAAGCCAUUACCCGAAACCCAUCUGCCUCAAGAGUUUUACAGACAAUCACCCCUUUUCCAGACUUGGAUGGCUGAUUUGUGACAAAUUCUUCAUCUACAUGACUGCACGAAUAAAAUACAAACACGAGGCAUUGCUCAACCUGCCCAGUGUCUGUAAGUUCUCCAAUGGACAUUUAAGAGCCUUCUUUCCCAACAAGUGUAUAUGAGUACUUCAACAUUCAAACAGGUGUGUCUACCUGUAGAUACAGAUGCAGAUCUAAGGUACUGGCCUGGAACUACUCUCAGUGAUGAGUGAGCAACUGUUGUCCAAGUUCCCAACUGCAGAAAACAGCAGCACAAAUGAUGAGAACACCGCUGGGACAAAGUUUGCCUGGAUAACACAUGGAAAGUUAUGCUGAAAGUAUUUUGAGAGCAGCUCAUUUCCAUUCUUCACUCAAUACAAAAAAACACUGAGACCAGUUUGAAGUUGUUCUGCUUCUGCCAGUCGCAAAGCAACAGAGAUCCCGUACAGAAGAAAGCCCCCACACGUCAGUGAAAACCCAAGAGCAGAACAGUGGGAAGGAACACCCGUACCACCUCUCUGCAGAAGGCAUCAAGGUAUAUUUUCUGAGUUUCCAUCUGCGCUCGGUUAUUCCAACAAGAACAGAAAAUGGUAAGAUGCUUUUGCCUCUGUUUGCAAGUGGCCUUUUCUGAUCGUGGCAUUUGCACAAACAGGCUGCUCCAGCAAAGGGCUUUGCCCGGUCUCUAUUCUUCAUAUCAAAGAUUUUAAAAAGAAACUAUACACAGGAUAAAGUCUGUCACUUUGGAAGGGAGGAAGGAGAUUACUGGGAGACGCUAAAUCCAAGCAGACAUUUGUUAAGUAUGAUUAUAUUCUAGAACAAAUCAAGUGUAAUAGAUCAGAUGCCAUUUGGGGAAUCAGAUGUCACUGGCAACUCAGAAUGCUGAUAACUCAGAAUGCGCUCAUCACGGACUCCCAAAAUGCUGAGAAUCUAAGACUCCACAGACAGGGAGAGCAUUAUAGAAGCCAUUUUGCUACUUUCUUAUUUUAUAAAUAUAUAUCUCUAACCGGCACAAUCCCAAAUCACUCCCUCACGCGUGUCAGGAAUCUGGCCUUGACUCUGGUCCCUGUCACAUACACAUAGAAAGUUUCUGCUUUGAUAUGGUUUAAUUUUUAGGCAGUCUUUUGUGGAGCCAGGAGUUGGACUUGAUGUUCCUUGUGGGUCCCUUCCAGCUCAGGUAUUCUAUGAUUUUAUGAUACGUAAUAUGUAUUGUCAUGUAUAUACUAUAUUGUUUGCAUACAAUUGUAUUAUUGGGUGUUUGGCCAGAUGACCUUUAAUGGUCCCUUCCAAUUCCAACAAUUCUAUGAUAAUAUGUAGCUAAUAAUACUAAUAUUAUACUAAUUUAUACUAAUAAAAAAUAAGUUAAAGACAUUUUUAUAUUGAUGUUCUCUACAAAACGAGGAGCAGAAAAAAGCACCUUUGAGUUUUGUGGUGAAAUUACUUUUCUUUGGAAUGCAAAAGCCAGAAGAUGCUGCAGAGCAAUUUCAUUUGGCUUUUGUGAUAUCAAUAGAAAUCCAAAUUCAAGACAAAUACAUUGCCAAGAAAUCAUUAAAUUAAGUGUUUGCUGUUUGUUUUUCCUUUUGGAAGUAGAGACGGUGGAAUAAAGUAUUCAACAUACUGAAAGGAAUAAUUUUUUGUCAGUAUUACAAUAUUUGAAGGCUUUAAAAGGUACUUUCAGAAGUAUUUAGUGACAUCUGAAGCGACAGGGUAAAAAAGUUCCCAUUUAUUUUAAUGGAAAUUGGGUGUCCACAUUUUUCUGAAAGAUGUGAAAUCUCAGGUAUGAUUAUAAACCAAGUACAAACACAGCAUUUGAACAGAGCCUUUCCUUAAAAGGAGCAAUGAACACACAGAGCAGGCGGCAGCAGAUCAAGGUGAAUCCAAAGGAAAUACGCACGGUUCAGUUCCUCAAUACUGAAGUGAAAAUCCUUUGCAGAAAUCAUAUAGAAGGGACUUUAAAAACAAAAUAAUUCUUAAAUCUCUGAAGAUUUUCCCUGCCUCCACGGGUCAAAAUUCUCCUUCCAAGGUUUGUGGCUGCCAGCCUUCGCACUUAAAGACCUGACCAGUCCUAUCAAUUUAGCUUGGCGCGGCAUGUAACAUCUGGCCCAUAAUUAAUACAGCAUUUUAAAAUCCUUCAGGAACUAUUAAACACAUUAAACGCAAGGUAUAUUAAACUUAAUGAGUGAAAAAGUUACUUUUUUUUCUGUGGAAGAGAAAAACUGAAGAGUUAAAGAUGUUGGAGUUAUUCACGUACUUUAAAAAGCAGGAGCACUGUAUUUCACAUCUCUUGCUGUUCCUCAGAUCUCUUUUGUCAUUAAUCAGACAGCACUUGCACAUUAGCAAGCGGGGUAUCAGAUGGCCCUUCUGUGCUUAUUCAUUUCCUAUAAGGAAUGUAAGUCCUGCAGUCGCUCAUGUUUCCUUUGGCAGCUGAGUAGCUGGAGGUUUAGCAUGCAGUAAAUCUGCAGCCGUGGCAGAGGCACAGUCCCACCAGGCCCGUGGCCACUUGUUUGCCAUGUGCUGAGCACGGAGACCCCACGCUGCCCCCCAAGCCACCAUGUGUCACCUUCAUCCCUGUGAGAUCUGCACCCGCUGCCUGGCCACCAUGGUGGGGCUGAACGCAAGCUGAGAGCUACCCCGUGGUGUCCUAGGUACGGAUUUAUUUAGAAAGUUGGAAGAAAAUGUUAAAAAAUAGAAUGAGGAAUUAGAAGUUUCAUAUGUCUCUUCUAGAUGUGUAGAAAUGGUGGGGGUGAGGAUUGCCCCUCUUCCUUUGUAGCUGCUGGAGAGAAAUGGGCACUUUUAAGGCACAGUUCAUCUGCCCCCAAGGUCUCUAUCUAAAACAGGUCCAAGGAAUCGGUACCUAAAACUUUCAUUUCAUUAGAACUGUUCAUUUCUAAUUGCUUGAAAGAGACCGGCUCAGGUAUAAGCACUGUGUAGACAUUUGAAGGUAGAUAGCAUGAACACCAUUGCAGGCAGACCCAGAAGAGGUCUACUGACCUCUUUUUCAUUUGGCAUACUGUUGUUUUUUUCCCACUAGAUUUCAAGCCUAGAUGGCUGAAGUUAGCUCCAAGGAGAUGUAUAACAUGAGAAUUUGAUUAUCACCAGUGUCUCCUGCAGCAUAUCCUGGCCAAACUGCUCAUGUCCCUACAGGCUCAGUCUUUCAACGCAGAAUGUUCAGUGUUAUCUAAAAUGGAGUCAAAGUAAAGAUGGGAUUCAUGCUCACGUACAAACUGCAUAGUAUGAUUUGAAAGAUCCAAGGAAUGAAAGGAGAGGGAAGCACCAGGUGGGGAAGACAAUGUAAGGACAGAUUUCAGAAGAAAUGUAUGCAUCUGCCUAAUAUACUAUCCUGCUAUAAUCACUGUGGAUCUGCAGCCCUUUUGUUAAUUUGUUUUGCAGGACAUGCACAAGAUUUAGGCCAGGCAUUUCACAUCUGUAAGUCAGAGAUCCGCACACCUUGCAGACUUGGACCUGCCUCUGGGCAGAGGAAUAGUUUCAUUCAGCAUGGUUUCUGAGGCGUGCUACUACCAUGAGACCACUAUUUAAUACUGCAUAGCAAAUCAAACUGCAGCUUAGAAUAGCAAAUGGAGAAAACAAACAACAACUGUUCCAGGAGGAGGAGUCCGUAAAGCAGUAGACCAAACAUGUAACCAAGAAUCUGGACCUUGAUAGGCAUCUCAGCCCAACAACGCUACCUUCUGUGUCCUUUGUGGAUCUAGUGCUAAGUGGUCACACUGGCAACUGACUCCAGUUCUUCAAAGCCCAGAAGAUGCAAUUCAUAGUGAAGCCUGUCGUUCCCUCUCCUUCCUAUGAAGAAAAGAAUAGAAUAGAUUUCCUCACACCAUCAGAAACAAUAGCAAGAAAAAAAAAAUCUGCAUAGGAAUUUAGACUAAAUAACUUAAAAUAAAACCCCAAGCAUAAGGCAUUUUAUAAAGGUCAAAGAACAAGUACUGCAGUUCAGCGAAGAUCUAACCAUUUUAGUAAACAGAACUGAAAACAGAGCUGUUUUUCCACCCUCCCAGUCUGUUUGAGGGUUUAGAGUGCCAGCUUCUCAGAUGGCCUAGGUUAAGAUUCAUGAUUCUGUAAUGAAGGAUGCUUGUCUGAGUGGAAGAUGACAUUUGGGUACCUUAUUUUCUAACACUUUCUAAACUUUGUUUAAACAGUAUAAACAGUAGACAAAGGAAACUGGAUUUUGCAAUAAAAGCUAUUUUUAUGAAAGCAAAACAGUCACAUGACCUCUUACCCAGCUUUUAAAAGAGCAAUAGAACUUGCUUUGCCUGCCAGCCCCGAAAAAGUCUGAAAUUAAUGUCAAAGAUGGAGGUCUUGUUAGGCUACAGUGCUACAUUCCAAAUCUUACAUAUUUAUAGCUUUCCCCAUUGCCAUACCCUCUUGAUGAGAAAAAAAAAAUGCUUAACCCUUCAUAGGCUUUGACUUUUAUGGUAUCUGAAAUCCCUCUGAUUUCUCACUAGGUAAAUUUUUCAAAGCAAAGAAGGCUCCGUACAUGAGACAUAUUUGUAAAUACUGAGCUCCCAUACACUGGAGAGAAAUCCAGGUCCCUGUGAGUACUUAAGCAUGCUGAUUUCAUACCAUCCAUGCCAAACUACACUGAGAUUUGUCAUUGAGUACCUCUGCCAGUGCAAAAACAAUAUUGUAAGCAAGCCCUUGGUCGUUGCUUGCUAAUUUCAACACAUAUCAAUUUAUCCUAAGUCACACUACAAAUAUUUUUUCUAAACAUGUCCCACUGGAAAACCACACUCAUUUUCCUUUUGAAAUGAAGCUUUCCUUUUUCCUCAUUGAAGCAUUUCGUGAGCUCCUCAAAUGUGGCAUCACUCCCUGCUCACCUUUCAGUGCUAACUGAAUUUCGUAUUUGAUAAUCCAAAAACGGAACCCCUAAAAAAUCCCAUCCAACAGAAAGCCAAGGAGUAUCAAUGUAAAUAAUGUAACAAAAUAACUACCAAAUGAGAAUACAGUACUAAUGUUUUCAUAGCUCAUUUUUAAUUCAGUAGUCAAAUAUAACAAAUGCAAAAAUAAUCCUCUUACAUAUGAGUAUAAUAGUAUCAAAUAUAGUCCCUUCCAGAGAAGAAAAAAGUGGUGAAAAAGAUAGUGGUCAUAUUUCUGCUCACUAUUGUUAAUGAAAACCAACAACUGUCUGAAUUUGGUACGUACAGUGAAGAGCUAUAAAACACAAAUGCUAUGGUGCAUAAAAUGGCACCAGUUGCAAAGAUUCCUGAGGGUGAGUGAGAGGAGAAGGGACCAAGAAACCCAAGGUGAGGUACUCCUUCCCAGCUGUGGGAGGGAGCAAGGGCAAGUAACAGGAUCUGGGAUCCUGCAGAAAACUGUUAUUGCUCAUAAGUAUGGCAGGGUGGGGCUAAGCUAAGUGGGAUGUACAGAAUACUGGUGGGGGAAUGUAAUAGUCUUCUGCCCUUCACCAAGAGUAUAAGUGGAGAAUAUGGUUACAGAGCUGAGAAGAAAUUUAAAUACAUUUGCAGCAGGAGGUACAGGUGACAGGUGUGCUUUAUUUCAGCCACCCAGCCAGCAGAAAUUCAUCCCUGAACCUUCACAUUAGGGUGUUUGGUAAAUGUACAUUAGGCAUCACAUGUUCAAUAGAACUCAGGUAUUGAGUUAUGGAUGCUUUUUAGCUCACCAUUUGGUAAACAUUUUAUCAACUGAAUAAGUGUGUAAACCGUAAAGACAGUACUAAUUUGAAACUCAAUUCAGGUGCCUACACAUGGGCAUCUAGUUCCUUCUGAGAUGUCAAUGGUUUACGGGCAUUCAGCCCGGUUCCGUGACGAAUGGGAUGGGGGACCCGUGGACCCACAUCCCGGGAAAGGGAAAAGGGAAAAAAAGGGUAAGGAGAUGGGCCUGAGAGCAAAAA